GCAGGAUCUUCUAUCCGGAAGAGUUGACGAGAGAAUGAACCCGUGACAUAAAGGAUCAUGUUAAUAGGCGUGAUGGUGGUAGGAUACAAGCUUUCGACUAAGAGUAGUUCCUCCUUGGAAAAGGAGAUGGAUGUUUGUGGGCCGGAGGGUCCCCAAGUUCUGCAAUCCGAAAACAAGUUCGUGUGGAGAUGGAUGGAAAACUCGAUUCUCGAAGCAGAGCGCAAAGUUCCCUUUGACCUUGGCUCCUUGAGGAUGGCGAAGCCGCUGGAAGACAGAUCGGGGGACGACGACGAGAGAAAUUUAUCCCACGAUGCUGGCAUUGAAUGCAAGAGAAGGAAGGUGAUUCUCGAGGAUGGCGGAACACUCGUCCGUGGGGGUUCAGAGCGAAAAGCCAGGGUGCAGGAACAUCGAGUUCGGGCUUGGUGCUUGUUCCCUCUCAAGAAAUAUCUAGAGAACGAGAUGAGAAUUAGUGUCCAGCUGAAAAUAGAAGAGAGCGUAGGUCAAAAUGUCCGUCACAGCUAUCCCGGCUACCAUCUUUCGACCUUUGUACCUUCGGGGGAUACAUGCGGGGAUAUUGACGAGCUAGCUUGCAGUGCUGGUAUCUGCUGGCCUUCGAUUCACCGCUUCCGGAAAGGCUAUGUGUGUUUCACCGCUGCCUAUGGAGGAGGCUGA